AUGGACAAAAUCAGUGAUAUUACGUUCAAAGUGAACUGUGGGACACGCGGAAAAGCCCAAGUUGUACACGUAGACAGACUCAGGUUGAAGCGCGAACAAAUUUUGCGGAACGAGAAAGAGAGUCCUCUGGAAAUUGUUAAUCCUAGUACCGUUGUAAGUGAGGAGCCGGAGAUAGAACAUCUACCAAGUGAGGUUGACAACAACCUUGAGACUCUUCGUUCUGGUAGAACAAAAAAAGCUCAAUGGAACAUGCCUAACACCAAGAUAACCAGUCGUGGGGAUACAGUACGGAAGUGUGCGUUUUGCCCUUUCCAGUCAUCGAAUCACACCAUAUGGAGAGACCAUAUGGCUCAGUGUUAUGAGAACAGAUUCUUCUGCAAACAGUGUGACUAUUCCACAGACAAGAAGAUUAAUUAUCUGAGGCAUGUCAAACGAAAGCAUUCAACAAGACAGAGUGAGAAAAAUUACCAUCCCUCGUGUAGCAAGGUGACGGAGAAUACAUGUGACGACCAUACUGUAGAAGAUACGCAAAGUAGUGAGAACAUUUCGUCUAAAGGGACAGAAGGAGACAAUGAUGGAUCUGCAUCAGAGGAUGAGGAAGCGUGGUUGGCUGAAGACCCAGAUGUUAGUAUUGGGGAGGCUAUAGAGACUGUGCAGCUUGGAAGGAGAGGUCCGGAUACAGAAAGGCGAUCAACAUGUGAUCCUGCUGUUAGGAAGAGAACUUCUCCAAUGCCAGUAUACAGCCCAGCACCACCCAAGGUAGCUCGACCUUGUUCUAUUAUGAUUGAGUCUGAACAGAGUGAUCCUCCUGUCCAGUCAGCUAGGUCUGCAGAUUUGCAGACAGAGAGAGACAUGGUAGACUCCUGUACUCAAACAGAGCCAGUCCGGUAUACAAAGUCAAUAACUACAACCACCAUUAUCAGAGAGAAUGGGAGAAAAGUCAUCACCGUGAAGAAGGAGAAAAUGUUGUAG